UGACUUACCUCCAAGUGAGAAGUAUUUUUAAGGGAAUAUUUAUCUGCUCUGUAGUUUUGAAGAUCAGUACAAGAAGCUUGCCCUGUGGAUGCAUGACAUGGAAGAAAGAAUAAACACUGAAGCACUAGGAGAGAAUAAACAGCUUAUUUCUGAGAAGAAAAGGGAGGUGCAAAAAGUGGAAAAGUUCCUGGAAGAGUUGCUGAAUUCAAGGGAAUCUUUUGAUCAGCUGUCCCAAAUGGCACAGACUUUAAAUGAAGAAGGCCAUGGUGCAGGGAGGGAGGUGCGUCUGGCUUCUCAACAUCUCACCAACUAUCAGACCRUGGUCAAAAGUGUCAAGGAGAAGCUGCGGACAUGUCAGCUUGCACUCCAAGAGCAUCUCACUUUUGAGGAGGCAUUGCAGAGUAUGUGGUCAUGGGUGAAAGAGGUUCAAGAUAAACUGGCAUCAUCACAGAGCACUCUUGGAAGCAAAGCCACCCUGGAAAGACGACUGACACAAAUUCAGGAGAUCCUCUUACUCAAAGGUGACGGUGAGGUUAAGCUGAACAUGGCCAUUGGCAAAGGAGAACAAGCACUUAAAAGCAGCAAUGAGGAGGGACAAAAAGUGAUACAAACCGAGCUGAAGACACUGAAGGAUGUAUGGAAUGAUAUCAUCAGUGCCUCAGCGAAAUGGCAGAGCUGCCUAGAUUCUGYCAUUAGCCAGUGGAAUGACUAUCUGGAAAGGAAAAACCAGCUGGAACAGUGGUUAGAGAAUUUGGAUCACAAAGUGGAACAGCCUUUAGAACCACAGACUGGUCUGAAGGAGAAGUUUGCUCAACUGGACCAUUUCCAGGCUAUUGUUUCUGAGAUAGAGGAUCACUCGGGUGAUUUACAGCAACUCAUUGAAAAAGCUGUGGAACUAUAUGAAAAAACAGGGGAUGAUUCCUUUGGAGAUGCAGCUCAAGAAGAACUAAAAACACAAUUUAAUGACAUCACAACAGUAGCCAAGGAGAAAAUGAGGAAAGUGGAAGAUAUUGUGAAGGAUCAUUUACUGUAUCUGGAUGCUGUGCAUGAAUUCACUGACUGGCUUCAUUCUGCAAAGGAAGAGCUUCACCGCUGGUCAGAUGCAUCUGGAGAUACACCAACUAUACAGAAAAAGCUGGCCAAAAUCAAUGAGCUGGUGGAGUCCCGGCAGAGCGGCGCGGGCCGGCUGAGCCGAGUGGAGGCGCUGGCCCCGGCCGCCAAGCGCGGCACGACGGCGGGCGGGUGCCAGCUGCUGGCGGCCGAGAUGCAGGCGCUGCAGGCGGACUGGCGGCAGUGGGAGGAGAGCGCCCGCCGCAGCCAGGGCGGCCUGCGGGACCUGCUCAGCCAGAUGGCCCUGUCGGAGCGGGAGUUCGCGGCGCAGGCCGGCCGCUUGGAGGAGGCAAUGCAGCGGCUCGGAGCUCAGCUGGCCGCCUGGGCGCAGGGGCUGGCCCCCGCCGACAGCCGCAGCACCGACGCCGAGGUGGUGGAGAGCUGGCGCAAGGAGAAAGAAACAUUGGAUGCUCUAGUAAAGUCUGAACAAAUGACUGAUGAGAUCAAAACUCARCUGAAUGAUCUUUGUAGAUUUUCCAGGGAUUUAAGUACUCAUUCUUCAAAAGUUUCAGGAUUGAUUAAAGAGUAUAACAGCCUCUGCCUGCAAGCUUCAAAAGGAUGUCAGAGCAAAGAGCAGAUCUUGCAGCAAAGAUUUCGGACGGCUUUCAGGGAUUUUCAGCAGUGGCUGGUCAAUGCAAGAGUCACCACUGCCAAAUGCUUUGACGUGCCUCAAAAUAUCAGUGAAGCKUCAGCAAGUCUGCAGAAGAUACAGGAAUUCUUAUCAGAAAGUGAAAAUGGGCAACAAAAGCUAAACCUGGUAGCAUCCAAAGGAGAGCUGCUGUGCUCUGUCUUACCAGAGGAAAAGGCUAAAGUUAUCCAGGACAAAUGUGCUGCUGCUAAAGAMGAUUGGAAAAACUUUAUAACCACACUCCACCAGAAGAAAUCUGCAUUGGAGAACUUAAAGAUCCAGAUGAAGGACUUUGAAGCAACUGCUGAGCCUCUGCAGGAGUGGCUGGCCACAACUGAGAAGAUACUGCAAGGAAGUAGCAGUCGGCUCCAUGAUCUUCCUUCCAAGAGGAGAGAGCAGCAAAAGCUGCAGUCUGUCCUUGAGGAAAUAAGCUGCCACGAGCAUCAGCUCAACAGGCUAAAAGAGAAAGCUCAGCAGCUGUGGGAAGAACAAGCUGUCAGCAAAAGCUUUAUGCGCAGAGUGUCUCAGUUGUCUUCUCAGUAUCUUACUCUAAGCAAUCUGACAAAGGAGAAAGUUUCCAGGAUGGAUAGGAUUGUAGCAGAGCACCAGCAGUUCUCCCAGAGUGUCAAGGACCUCCAGGACUGGGUUGCUGAUGCAGUUCACAUGCUGGAUUCCUACUGUCAUCCCACUGCAGACAAGAGUGUUCUGGACAGCCGGAUGUUAAAACUAGAGGGCCUGCUAGCAGUGAAGCAAGAAAAAGAAGUCCAAAUGAAAAUUGUUCUGACAAGAGGAGAAUCUGUUCUGCAAAAUACUUCUCUGGAGGGAAUACCAGUGAUUGAAGGGCAAUUGCAAAAUCUGAAGGACAGCUGGGCUUCUCUUCUGUCUGCUUGUAUCCAGUGCAAGAGUCAACUGGAAGGAGCUCUCUCCAAAUGGACAAGUUACCAGGAAGAUGUUAAUCAGUUUUCCAGAUGGAUGGAAAAAGUAGAAGCAAGUAUGAAUGCUUCGGAAAGGCAAUAUGCUGAACUGAGGGAAAAAACAGCUGCCCUCAGCAAAGCAAAGCUGCUUGAUGAAGAGGUGUUGAGUCAUAGCAGCCUGUUGGAGACAAUUGAAGUGAAAGGAAAAGGGAUGGCUGAGCACUACAUUGCUCAGCUUGAGCUCCAGGACCUUCAGGAGAGGUAUAAGUUCCUCAAAGAGAGAACUAAGGAGGCUGUAACAAAAGCUGAAGGACUGCUUGCCUUACAUCAAGAAUACCAAAGAAAUCUGAAGGCGUUUGAAGUAUGGCUGGAGAAGGAACAGGAAAAACUUGAGUGUUUAUCACAUCUUGAUGGUGAUGCCCAGGAACAGGAAGCAACACUCCGAGAUUUACAGGAGCUGCAGGUCCACUGUGCAGAGGGACAAGCAUUAUUGAAYGCUGCUGUCCAUGCCAGAGAGGAGGUGAUUCCCUGGGGUAUUCCCCAGAUAGAAGACAGAGCCCUGGAGUCCUUACGGCAGGAUUGGCAAGUUUAUCAGCAYAAGCUUUCUGAAGCAAGAAGCCAAUUAAAUGCCACAGUGAGCAGACUGAGGUUAAUGGAGAAAAAAUUCCAGAAGGUUAAUGACUGGCUAACAAACCUGGAGGAGAAAGUUGCUAUCAGGUCUGGGAGGAGGUCUGGUAGAGCAACAAAAGAGAUGCAGCUUCAACAAAUGAAGAAGUGGCAUGAAGACAUUACAAUCUACAAAGAUGAUGUAGAGGAAGUUGGGGUAUUGGCUCAGCAAAUACUGGAAGAAAAUCUCACUGCAAGUAGAAUGGGAAGUCAGGCUACACAGCUUACAUCUCGYUACCAAACUCUUCUUCUUCAUGUCUUGGAACAAAUAAAGUUUCUGGAAGAAGAAAUACGCUGUAUGGAGGAGUCAGAAUUGUCUUUCAGUGCUUAUACAAAUUGGUAUGGAGCUACUAACAAGAACUUCAAGAACGUGAUCACCAAAUUUGACAUGGUUGAUAAAACAGCAAUGGAGAAAAAAGUGCAGAAACUGGAGCUGCUAUUGAGUGAUAUGGACAUAGGCCACAGUUUACUGAAAUCAGCCCGUGAGAAGGGGGAGCGAGCUAUGAAAUACAUGGAAGAAAAUGAAGUUGACCAGUUAAGAAAAGAAAUUGGGGACCAUGUGGAACAGCUUGAAGAGCUGGCUGGCUCCAUCAGAAAGGAGCAYAUGACUUCAGAGAAGUGUCUUCAGCUGGUAAAGGAGUUCUCAGACAAGUAUAAGGCACAAACUCAAUGGGUCAUGGAAUACCAAGCCAUCYUACAUGCUCCAGUGGAGCCAAAGAGUGAACUCUAUGAGAAGAAGGCUCAAUUGUCCAAAUACAAGUCCAUUCAACAGACUGUUCUGUCUCAUGAGCCCUCAAUAAAGUCAGUGAUUGAAAAGGGAGAGGCACUUGGUGAUCUUGUGAAUGAUGUGACUCUAAAGAACAACAUUCAAGACCUUCAGAGCAGKUACCAGGACCUCUGCAGCAAAACAAAGACCUACGUUGAAACCUUAGAGGUGAAAGUAAAAGAACACGAGGAUUACAAYAGUGAUUUGCAAGAAGGGGAGAAAUGGUUAUUACAUAUGUCCAGCAGAUUGGUCAGCCCUGACCUCGUGGAAAGUAACAAUCUUGAAAUAAUCACUCAGCAGCUAGCUAACCACAAGGCGAUCAUGGAAGAAAUUGCAGGCUUUGAAGAUCGUUUGAACAACCUUAAGACUAAAGGUGAUUACUUGAUCAAUCAGUGCUCRGAACACCUUCAAGCAAAAUUUAAGCAAAACAUACAAACCCAUCUUCAGGGGACAAGGGACAGCUAUUCUGCCAUAUGUAGCACAGCCCAAAGAGUUUACCAGACUUUGGAACAUGAGCUCCAGAAGCAUGUUAAUCAUCAGGAUACUCUACAACAGUGCCAGACUUGGCUGUCUACAGUGCAGUCAGAGCUAAAGCCGACAACUUGGACACCUUUCAGCCUGGCAGAUGCAGUAAAACAGGUUAAACAUUUUCGGGCUCUGCAGGAGCAGGCCAAUACCUACUUGGAUCUUCUGUGCUCCAUGUGUGAUCUUUCAGAUUCCACAGUGAAGAGUACGGCAGCAGACAUUCAACAAACAAAACAAACGAUUGAGCAACAGAUAAUGCACUCCCAGUAUUUGUCUCAAGGUUGGGAAGAGAUCAAACAACUGAAGGCUGAGCUCUGGAUAUAUUUCCAGGAUGCGGAUCAACAACUACAGAAUUUAAAAAGGAGACGRGCAGAGUUGGAGCUAAAUAUUGCCCAGAAUAUGGUACUCCAGGUUAAGGAAUUCAGUCAGAAAUUGCAGUCUAAGCAGUCAGCUCUUAAUUCUGUGACUGAAAAGAUGAACAAACUAACCCAAGGACAGGAAUCACCUGAACACAAGGAAAUAGGAGAACUGAGCAACCAGUGGCUGGACCUCUGCCUUCAGGCACAUAGUUUGCUCAUGCAGAGGGAGGAGGAUCUGCAGAGGACAAGGGAUUACCAUGACCGGAUGAAUGUAGUUGAAGUUUUCCUUGAAAAACUCACAAAAGAAUGGGACAACCUGGCGAGAUCUGAUGCUGAAAGUACAAAUGUGUACCUUGAAGCRUUACAAAAACUGGCAAUUGCACUACAGGAAAGGAGAUUUGCUCUGGAAGAUUUGAAAGAUCAGAAACAGAAGAUGAUAGAACAUCUGAAUCUUGAUGACAAAGAAUUAGUGAARGAGCAAUUCAGUCAUUUUGAACAACGCUGGACUCAGCUGGAAGACCUCGUCAAACGGAAAAUUCAAGUUUGUAUUUCAACCCUAGAAGAGCUMAACUUGGUGUAUUCCAGACUUCAGGAACUAAUGGAAUGGGCAGAGGAACAGCAACCUACCGUCUCAGAGGCCCUYAAACAGAGCCCUCCUCCAGAUAUGGCUCAGAGUCUUCUCAUGGAUCAUCUCACCAUUUGCAGUGAGCUUGAAGCCAAACAGCUUGUUCUGAAGAUGCUUUUGAAGGAUGCUGACAGGGUGAUGACCAACCUAGGGCUCAAUGAAAGGCAGGAACUGCAGAGAACMGUUUCUGAUGCACAGCACCAUGUGGCUUGUCUCAGCGAUCUGGUUGGCCAGAGGAGAAAACACCUGAAUAAGGCACUGUCUGAAAAGACCCAGUUUCUCAUGGCAGUCUUUCAGGCUACAAACCAAAUUCACCAGCAUGAAAAGAAGGUGAUGUUUCCAGAACACAUCUGUCUUUUGCCAGAAGAUGUGAAUAAACAAAUCAGGACUUGUAAGAAUACCCAGGCUAAUCUGAAGGCCUAUCAAAAUGAGGUCACAGGGUUGUGGGCUCAAGGAAGGGAUUUAAUGAAAGAAGCAACAAAUCAAGAGAAGAGUGAAGUGUUAGGGAAACUUCAAGAACUACAGAAUGUGUAUGACACUGUUUUACAAAAGUGUAACCAGAGAUUGYUAGAACUGGAGAAAAACAUUGUUUCCAGGAAAUAUUUUAAAGAAGAUUUGGAUAAAGCUUGCCACUGGCUAAAGCAAGCUGAUAUUGUCACGUUUCCAGAAGUCAAUGUAAUGAAUUCUGACACUGAGCUAUACAGCCAGUUGGCAAAAUAUCAACAGAUUCUUGAGCAAUCUCCAGAAUAUGAAAAUCUGCUACUUGCACUGCAAAGAGAUGGCCAAGAAGUCCUACCAUCACUGAACGAAGUGGAUCAUUCUUAUCUAGAAGAAAAGCUUAGCAGUCUCCCUCAGCAAUUCAAUAUUGUCACUGCUCUGGCAAAAGAAAAAUUAUAUAAGGUUCAGGAAGCAAUCUGUGCCAGAAAAGARUAUGCCUCUUUGAUUGAAUUGACAAGUAAAGCUCUGACUGAGCUAGAAGACCAGUUUAUUAACAUGGACAAAGCUCCAGCUGCUGUUUCAGCCAAAGAAUUUGUGUCACUCCAGCAAGCAUACAAAGAUCUCUUAGGUGAAGUGAUGAGCCUCGGUGCAGCUGUGGAUGAGCUGAACCAGAAGAAGGAAGCCUUUCGAAGCACUGGCCAGCCCUGGCAGCCAGAUGAGAUGCUAAAACUUGCCUCACUGUAUCACAAGUUGAAGAGGCAAAUAGAACAGAAAAUCAACCUGUUGGAAGACACAAUAGAAGCAUGCCAGGAGCAUGAGAAGAUGUGUAUGCAGUUUGAAGCGCAGCUAGAGACAGUGAAAAAGGAGCAGAUUAAGGUAAAUGAAGAAACGCUCCCGAUAGAAGAAAAGUUGAAAAUAUUCCAUUCUCUGAUGGGCAGCUUGCAAGACUCAGGAAGUCUUCUGAAGCGAAUAACUGAACAUCUAGAAGCCCUUUCUCCUCAGCUUGACUCAUCUGCAUAUGAGACAACAAAUCACCAAGUUCAGGCUUGGCAAGAGAAACUGAAGUCUUUGCAUUCUGCCAUCGCUGACACGGUGAUGGAAUGUGAGAACAGACUCGUGCAGAGCAUAGACUUCAAGACAGAAAUCUGCCGCUCACUCGACUGGUUGAGGUGGGUGAAAACAGAACUUAAUGGAACCUUAAGUUUGGACCUCAAACUGCAAAACAUCCAAGAAGAAAUCCGAAAGGUUCAGAUACAUCAGGAAGAGGUGCAGUCAAGCCUCAGAAUAAUGAAUGCACUGAGCAAUAAAGAGAAAGAGCGCUACAUGAAAGCAAAGGAGCUGAUACCUGCUGACCUGGAAAACACCCUUGCUGAGCUGGCAGAAYUAGAUGGUGAAGUUCAAGAAGCUAUACACACGAGACAGGCCAACUUGAAUAAAGUAUAUAGCCUCUGCCAAAGRUAUUACCAAGUGAUGCAGAUAGCAAAUGACUGGCUGGAAGAUGCUCAGGAAUUUCUGCAUUUAGCAAGAAAUGGUCUAGAUGUUGAGAACUCUGAGGAGAAUCUAAGGAACCACGUUGAGUUUUUCAGCACGGAAAGUCAGUUCAAUAAUCAUUUGAAAGAGUUGCAAGGCCUUGUAACUGAAAUAGGGCCCUUUAUACAAGCCACAGCAAAUGAACAGCUGGUGCAGAAUGUAGCUGCAUUGGAGGAAAAGGCCAAAGGGACAGAGCAAGAAGCCAAAACCCAGCAAGAGCAGUUACAAAGGUGUGCUUCUGAGUGGCAGGAAUACCAAACAGCGAGACAGAAGGUUAUUGAAGUGAUGAAUGAGGCUGAGAAAAAAUUAUCUGAAUUCUCAGUAGCUAAAGCUGCUUCUUCUCAUGAAGCAGAAGAGAAAUUGCUAACACAUAAGACUCUCGUGUCCGUAGUGAAUUCUUUCCAUGAGAAGAUAACAGCCCUAGAAGAAAAGGCUUCACAGCUGGAAAAAAUCAGCAAUGAUGCCAGUAAGGCAUCUAUAAGUAGAUCCAUGACAACAGUUUGGCAGCGCUGGACACGGCUUCGGAAUGUAGCCCAAGAACAAGAAAAAAUUUUGGAAGAUGCAGUGCAGGAAUGGAAGGGCUUUAAUGAUAAGAUUCAGAAAGCUACCCUAGCUAUAGAUCAGCUACAAGGACGCUUACCAGAAAGCUCCGUGGAAAAGGCRUCCAAGACAGAGCUCCUGGAACUCCUGGAUUAUCACAGCAGUUUCCUUGUGGAGGUGGACCACCAGUUGUCAUCCUUGGGCCUGCUCAAGCAGCAUGCUGUUAACAUGCUGCAGGAUGUGGAAGUGAAGCCUCCAUCUCAGAAGGAGCUACCAGUUAUGCAAGAAAUCAAAGCAAUGCAAGAUCGAUGCCACAAUAUGCAACAGAAAGUUAAAAAAGGCAUGAAGAUGGUGAAACAGGAGCUGAAGGAACGUGAGGAGGUUGAAGGAGAGAUUAAUAUUGUCAAGUCCUGGAUCCAGGAAACGAAGGAAUAUUUAUUAAGCCCUGAUGCAGAAGUGGACAUUCAACUUCAGGAGUUGCAGUCUCUCUUUGGUGAAGUUACUACUYAUCGCCAGGCUGUUGAAAAACUGGCUGAACAGCAACAGAAUAAAUACUUGGGGCUCUAUACCAUUUUGCCUUCUGAACUCUCUCUUCAUUUAGCAGAAGUUGGACUGGCCCUCGUAACUGUACAGGAACAGAUUCAAACCAAAGAAAGAGAAACUCAGCAAGUCAAAACAUUGAAUCAAGAGUUUGAUCAGAAAAUCCAGGGGAUAGCAAAUGAACUGAAUACUAUUCUUUCCAAACUGAAAAAGAAAACAAAUGAUAUAGCACAAGCUAAACUUGAACAAAAGAUCCUUGGUGAAGAGUUGGACAGCUGCAAUAUAAAGCUGUUGGAAUUAGAUGCAUCAGUCCAGGAUUUUGCAGAGCAAAACGCACCCCUGGCUAAGCAGCUGGCUAACAGGAUAGGGAAACUCACUGUACURCAUCAGCAGACCAUACGGCAGGCUGAGUACAGAGCAGCCAAGCUCAGUCAGGCUGCUUCACACUUGGAAGAAUACAAUGAGAUGCUGGAGUUCAUACUGAAAUGGAUUGAGAAAGCAAAUAUCCUAGUACAUGGUAGUAUAACAUGGAAUUCUUCCUCUCAGCUUCGUGAUCAGUUUAAAGCCUACCAGAGCAUUCUUGAUGAGUCYGGGGAGAUUCAUGGUGAUCUUGAGGCCAUGAGUGAGAGGAUUGAUUACCUGGCAAGUGURUACUGUACUGAAGGAAUGUCACAGCAAGUGCUGGAACUGGGCCGGCGGACAGAGGAAUUGCAGCAAAUUAUCAAAGCGCAGCUACCAAAUCUCCAAGAUGCUGCCAAGGAUAUGAAGAAAUUUGAAAUUGAGCUGAGAGCUCUCCAGGCUGCUUUGGAGCAAGCCCAAGCCACGCUGACCUCUCCAGAGCUCGGGCAUUUGAGCUUGAAAGAGCAACUUUCUCACAGACAGCAUCUGUUGUCUGAAAUGGAGUCACUGAAGCCAAAAGUCCAGGCAGUACAAGACUGCCAGAGUGCCCUGAGGAUUCCUGAGGAGGUGGUGACCAGCCUGCCCAUGUGYCACAGCGCCCUGCGGCUCCAGGAGGAGGCCAGCCGCCUGCAGCACACUGCCAUUCAGCAGUGCAACAUCAUGCAGGAAGCAGUGGUUCAGUAUGAGCAAUAUGAGCAAGAAAUGAAACAUCUGCAGCAGAUGAUAGAGAGCGCCCAUCGCGAGAUCCAAGACAAGCCAAUAGCAACCAGCAACAUCCAGGAACUCCAGGUCCAGAUUUCACGUAACGAGGAGCUGGCUCAGAAGAUCAAAGGAUACCAGGAGCAAAUUGCUUCUUUGAAUUCCAAGUGCAAGAUGCUGACAAUGAAAGCRAAACAUGCCACCAUGCUGCUGACAGUGACAGAAGUGGAGGGGCUGUCCGAGGGAAUGGAGGAGCUGGAUUCAGACCUGCUCCCGGCACACCCCGCUCAUCCCUCGGUGGUUAUGAUGACUGCAGGUCGCUGUCACACGCUGCUCUCCCCUGUCACUGAGGAGUCUGGGGAGGAGGGAACCAACAGUGAGAUUUCUUCUCCACCUGCCUGUCGCUCUCCCUCACCUGUGGCUAAUACAGAUGCUUCUGUUAACCAGGACAUUGCUUAUUACCAAGCCUUAUCUGCUGAACAAUUGCAGACAGAAGCUGCUAAAAUUCAACCCAGCACCUCAGCCCCCCAGGAGUUUUACGAACCAGGCUUAGAAUCACCUGCUAGUGCCAAAUUGGAUGAUUUGCAGCGUUCUUGGGAAACACUGAAAAAUGUGAUCAGUGAAAAGCAGCGCACACUCUAUGAAGCUCUUGAGCGUCAACAGAAGUAUCAGGACACACUCCAAUCUAUAUCCACAAAAAUGGAGACCACUGAAAUCAAACUAAAUGAGAGUUUGGAACCAGCCAAAAGCCCAGAGAGCCAGAUGGCAGAACAUCAGGCUUUGAUGGAUGAGAUUUUAAUGCUGCAAGAAGAAAUCAGUGAGCUUCAGACAUCAUUAGCCCAAGAGCUUGUUUCAGAGCCACUGGAUGCAGAAGGUGCUGAUCAGAUGGCAUUGCAGUCCACCCUCACGGUCUURGCAGAAAGAAUGGCCACAAUUCGAAUGAAAGCAUCAGGAAAACGACAGCUAUUAGAGGAAAAACUGAAUGAGCAGCUCGAAGAACAGCGGCAAGAGCAGGCUCUUCAAAGGUACCGCUGUGAAGCUGAUGAGCUUGACCACUGGCUACUCAGCACCCGAGCAACACUGGACACCACUCUGCUUCCUGCCGAGGAACCUAUGGAYAUGGAAGCACAGCUGGUAGACUGCCAGAACAUGUUGGUUGAAAUAGAACAGAAGGUGGUAGCCUUGUCAGAGUUGUCUGUGCACAACGAGAACUUGCUGAUGGAAGGGAAGGCUCACACCAAGGACGAGGCAGAGCAGCUGGCUGUGAAGCUCAGGACACUGAAGGGCAGCCUUUUGGAGCUGCAGAGAGUGCUCCACGACAAACAGAUCAACAUUCGGCAGGGAUCUUUACAAGAAAAGGAGGAGAGUGAUCUGGACUUUGUUUCCUCACAAAGCCCCAGUGUUCAAGAAUGGCUGGCACAAGCAAGAACUACUCGCUCACAGCAGCAGCAGAGUACCCUGCAGCAGCAGAAAGAGCUGGAGCAAGAGCUAGAAGAGCAGAAGAAUCUGCUUCGAUCAGUAGCAUGCCGUGGAGGAGAGAUCCUAACACAGCAAGGCUCUGCUGAAGGCCAAUCUACAAGUGAGAAGCCUGAUGUAUUCUCUGAGGAAUUAGUCUUGGAGGGUGAGAAGCCAUCAUCUGAAGAACAGAUGAAGAGGAAAUGGGAAAGCCUAAACCAGGAAUUCAGUACCAAGCAGAAACUGCUCCAGAAAGCUUUGGAAAAAGAACAGCUGCUUUAUAGCAGACCAAACAGACUGAUACCUGGAAUGCCUUUGUACAAGGAGGAGGGACAGGAUGAAGACAAAUCCUUAGUGUCACCAGUGUUGGUUGAAUUGAAUCAGGCCUUUGAAGAUGUCUCAUCUGAGGCUGGACGGGUGGAUGAGACCCUGUAUCUUGAACAGAAGCUGUAUGAUGGGGUCACAGCCACRUCUGUGUGGCUGGAUGGUGUGGAAGAGCAGGUCUUUGUGGCUACAGCUCUGUUGCCAGAGGAAGAAACAGAAACAUACCUCUGCAAGCAAGAGUCUCUUGCCAAAGAAAUCAAAGACAUAACAGAAGAAGUGGAUAAGAACAAGAAUUUGUUUGCUCAGAUAUUUCCUGACAAUAGUGAUAACAGGGUCAUCAUAGAAGACACUUUGGAUUGUCUCCUGAGAAGACUGACCUUACUGGAGUCUGUGGUAGAUCAGAGAUGCCAUCAGAUGAAAGGACGGCUACAGCAAAUUGUCACCUUCAAGAAUGAUCUGAAGCUCAUGUUUACAUCGGUGGCCGAUAACAAAUAYUCAGUUCUACAGAAAUUAGCAGAGGCAGCUGACAGACCAGAAACAGAGCAAAUGCAGGUCAUACUGCAGGCAGAAGAAGGUUUAAAGGAGCUAGAUGCUGGAAUCAAUGAAUUAAAGAAGCGUAUAGACAAGCUACAGAUUGACCARCCUUCUGUACAAGAAUUAUCUAAGAUCCAGGAUAAAUAUGAUGAGCUGCUGAUGAUCAUUGGAUCCAGGCGGAGUGAUCUGAAUCAGAAUAUGGCUCUUAAGAGGCAGUAUGAGCGGGCUUUGCAGGACCURGCUGACCUGGUAGAGACAGGCCAGGAAAAAAUGGCUGGUGACCAYAAAAUGAUUGUUUCUUCUAAGGAAGAGGUUCAAGCGCUGCUUGAAAAACAUAAGGAAUAUUUUCAGGGGUUGGAGUCUCACAUGAUCCUGACAGAAACACUUUUUAGAAAGAUGACUAGCUUUGCCCUCUUGAAGGAAACUCAGUCACAUUCAGAGAUAAUGACACAAGCUUCAGCUGUAUUAAAGCURGCUCAUAAACGAGGUGUGGAGCUGGAAUACAUUCUGGAGACCUGGAUGCAUCUGGAUGAGGAUUACCAGGARCUCACCAGACAGCUGGAGUCUGUUGAAGGAAACAUUCCCACUGUGGGUUUGGUGGAAGAGACAGAGGACAGGCUUACAGACCGGAUUACACUUUUUCAGCAUCUGAGGUCUAGCCUGACUGAAUACCAGCCUAAAUUAUACCAAGUGCUAGAUGAUGGCAAGAGGCUCAUUUUUUCUGUUAGCUGCUCAGAACUUGAAAGUGAGCUGAACCAGCUGGGAGAGCGCUGGUUAAGCAACACCAGCAAAGUUACCAAGGAGCUUCACAGGCUGGAGACAAUACUGAAGCACUGGACAAGGUAUCAGAGUGAAUCAAAUGAAUUGACACAGUGGUUACAAUCAGCAAAGGAGCGACUUGAGUUUUGGAGCCAGCAGUCUUUGACGGUUCCUCAGGAGCUAGAAACAGUCCGAGACCACCUGAACUCCUUUUUGGAGUUUUCAAAAGAAGUGGAUGCUAAAUCAUCACAGAAAGCUUCUGUCUUGAGUACUGGGACCCAGCUCCUCAGGCUUAAGAAAGUAGACACGGCUGCAUUGCGUGCAGGAUUGUCCCACAUUGAAACCCAGUGGACAGAGCUGCUCACMCAAAUCCCAGCAGUACAAGAGAAGUUGCACCAGCUUCAGAUGGACAAAAUUCCUUCUCGCCAUGCCAUCACUGAAGUUAUGAGCUGGAUUUCRCUGAUGGAAAAUGUAAUUCAGCAAGAUGAAGAAAACAUAAAAAAUAUAGUAGGACAAAAAGCAAUUCAGGAUUAUGUCCAGAAGUACAAGGGUUUCAAGAUAGAUUUAAAUUGCAAACAGUUGACUGUCGACUUUGUGAACCAGUCAGUGCUACAAAUCAGCAGCCAGGAUGUCGAAAGCAAACGCAGCGACAAGACUGAUUUUGCAGAACAGCUUGGAGCAAUGAACAGGCGUUGGCAGAUCCUGCAAGGACUGAUAACAGAAAAGAUCCAGCUCUUGGAGAGUCUGCAAGAAUCCUGGGCAGAAUAUGAAAAUAAUGUGCAGUGUCUAAAAGCUUGGUUUGAAACUCAAGAGAGGAAGCUGAAACAGCAACAAAAGAUUGGAGACCAGGCUUCAGUACAGAAUGCUUUGAAAGACUGUCAGGAAUUAGAAGAAUCAAUAAAAACAAAGGAAAAAGAAGUUGAAAAUGUUGAACAGAGUGGACUUKCUUUGGUACAGAACAAGAAAGAAGAAGUCUCUUCUGCUGUCAUGAAUACACUGCAAGAAAUUAACCAUUCCUGGGCAAAUCUGGAUCACAUGGUUAGCCAACUGAAGAUAUUGUUACAAUCUGUUCUUGAUCAAUGGAGCAUUUACAAAGUUGCCUAUGAAGAGCUGAACAGCUACCUGACAGAAGCCAGAUAUUCUUUGUCCCGUUUUUAUCUUCUUACUGGUUCUUUGGAAGCUGUCAAAGUCCAAGUUGAUAAYCUUCAGGUGAAAAGAGUCAAUUUUGUCUGA